AUGCGUUGUCUCGCCGCCCUCACAACGUUGCUUCUCGCCCCAACUGCUGUAUUCGCAGCUUGGGGCUGGACAGAUGAUGGGAAGAACUAUGUUAUCGAUACUAAUGCCAACUUGGUUGUCAAAGUCAGCAAAUCCAACGCUGAUAUGACUUCGAUCAAGUACCGCGGCGUCGAGUACAAUGGUCAGAAUGGCAAGAACUCGCACGUGGAGUCUGGGCUUGCGCCCGGCACUGUCACCAUCAAGCAAUACACCUCCCCGGCCAACAUCAUCAAAGUUACCAUGAAAGUUGGGACUCUCACUCAUACGCUCGUCUUCCGCUAUGGCAACCCGAAUGUGUACAUUUUUAUGAACAAGAGGGAUACGAGCAUCACUGUGUCACGUUACAUUGUCCGCAUCCCUGCAAACAUCUUCACGAACAAUGUCAACGAGGAUACCGACUGGAUUCCCAACGGUGCACCGGCUAUCGAAUCUGGUGAUAUCAACGGCGUCAACGGUCAAACAUGGUCGAAGCACUAUUCUGGAAAAAAGUAUGGUCGCACUAUAGACUACGACUAUGUCGGUUACACCAACAAUAAUGUUGGCAUGUACCUGAUCCGCUCAAACCACGAGAAAGCGUCUGGAGGUCCUUUCUUCAGAAGUUUGAUCCGUCGCGGCGGCGAUGGCGGACCGGAUCUCUACGACAUUUACCAAUACAACAUGGGCCACACCGACCCCAUGCGACUCGGCCUGCAAGGCCCAUCAGUUCUCCACUUCACCGACAGCGGCGCAGCACCCAACCACAACCUCUUUGCCCGCAACGCCAACUGGGACUGGUUCGACUCCCUUGAAAUCGAAGACUGGGUCCCUGCCAGCCGCCGCGGCGCCGUUGCCGGCGUUGGCCUCGCCAACAUGAAGAGCGGCUUCCAGUACGUCGUUGGCUUGAAAAAUGACCAAGCCCAAUACUGGACCAUUGCAACCGGCGCAUGGCGCAUCAGCAACGCCUUGCCUGGCACUUACACCUUGACCGUCUACAAAGGCGAACUCGAAGUCCACACCAGCACCGUAACCAUCUCCCCAGGCUCCACCGCAACCCGCAACACAAUCACCCUCGUCGACCCCAACGACACCCCCGCCAUCUGGCGCAUCGGCGACUGGGACGGCACCCCCCGGGGCCUCCUCAACUUCCAAGACACCCCCAUGAAACCCACCUACAUGCACCCCUCCGACUCCCGUCUCGCAAAAUGGGACGCAGGCAACUUCAUCAUCGGCACAACCCCCAUCUCCGGUUUCCCAGCCUACAUCUGGAAAGACAUUAACAACGACCAUCUCGUUUAUUUCCGCCUUACCGAUGCCCAGCUUGCACGCGGAGCCAAGAUCCGUAUCGGAGUUACGCAGGGCCAGGCGGGCGGGAGACCGACUGUUGCCGUGAAUGCGUGGGUGGCUAAAUUACCGGCUGAUAAGGGUCAGGGUGAUACGAGGAGUCUGACGGUGGGCACGUAUAGAGGGAAUAAUUAUGUCUAUGAAUUUGAGGUCCCGGCUAGUGCGUGGGUGGCGAGUGCGAGGGAGUAUCAGAUUCUCAAGAUUACGGUUAUAUCGGGGAAGACGGCUGCGGGGUAUUUGAGUCCGGCGGUGAGUUUUGAUGCUGUUGAGUUGAUUGGGUUGUAA